AUGCCGGACAACAUAAGAACCUUGGGGCUUUCAAUUGCACCUGCAGAUAGGAUGGUUUCUUUAGAGGCAGUGACUAUGGCUAUCAGCGGCGGUCUCCAAGGAAGAUCUAUGGACUUACAAAUGCUCCCGUCGCACGCCUGUACUCCAACGGCUCGAUUAGCUUCAAACAAUACUCGUGCAACUUUACAUCCUGUAAUGAUACACAGAUUGGAUGGUGUGUCCUUCAAAUACGCAGUUGAUGUUACGCGAAGGCCGUUGGAUGUUGUUGCAGCUGACAUUACCCCUUUUUUACGUGCUGCAUCGAGGAUUAUUGCGAGGCCAGGUGUCCACAUGGUAGGCAGAGUGAUGUUUAUGGGUCUGUCAAUCAUUCAAAAUCUGUCUGAGCAGUCCAGGGAAUCAGAGAGACAAACCCAUCUAAGCCAUGGCUAG